GACCUGUAGUCUGCCUUGCGUUCGGUACCCUGCACGGCGCAUAGGUAUGGGCCAAUCAGCAAUCCCUUCAUUUGAAAUGUUGUUUCACUGUAGCGUCUCAGGCGCCUGCCGUGGACACAACUUGCGCCGCAAAUUGUCUGCCUGACUGGCCGUCACAGCGGGGUGGACUUCGAACAUCUACAUCAAGGGCACAUCGCCCGCUUCUUUCUUGCUCCAAGGUCGAAACAUUCCCAUCACGAUGAGGUCUUAUUUUAUCUUGAUCGCCAUUUGGCUUGGUGUCGGACUCGCUACCGAAUUCGCUGCCGAGGAUAAAGAUCCCGGUAUUGGCAUCGCCCUCUUUGACGGUUACGCCACCGUGAGCGCUUUCACAGAGAACGACACAUACAUCGACAUUGCCAAGAUCGAAGGUGGGGAGACGUACAAAGCGUACAUGCUGGGCAAAUCACAGCAGCAAGAUCUCAUCCAAUACCCGUAUUGUCCUUUAUCGAAGCAACUCUGCCAACGAUUCUGGCCUUUUACCACGAUCACGAAUCCCCUCGCUCCAAUUCUCCAUGUCCUCGUGGCUGCUGCUGGGUCACUCCUUGAGCGGACCGUCGAGUCGGCAGUGGUAUCGUUUGAUGCGAUUCCCUACGACCGCUGGGACCGGGCUAAGGAAGAUAUCCGAUCGGCCAUGGACAGCAUUCAUGUGCACACCUGGGAGCCUCCCUACCGCAUAUUCCCGGAGCUUAAUUGGGCACUCGGGAUGGGAGGACGCUGCUCUGCUUACCUUACGCCCGAAGAACCGGGAUACGUUGAGGACCCGCCCAAGUUCAUGUUAGGCGUCGAAUACACGCGGCGGUCUCUCGUGUCAUCGCUUUGGGAAGAGGAAUGUGGAUUGGUGUGGCCGAUAUCUGAACCUGGUAUCUACUCGCGUGGACUUGGCUUCGACGCCCGGGAAGCAUGCCUGAAUGAAAGUCCCAGCAACAACUCCGACGUCCAAGCCCAUUGCGACGAUCUCUUAAAGUCCGAGCUUCGCGAAUUGCUGCGUAACAGCAGCUACGUAACCAAAUACAAGAAGAUUUCUGCCGUCGACGCAGUGCUCGUCACAGGCGAGCGAGCGGACGACGAGGGCAUUAAAACUUUGCUCAGCCAGGUCCUGGACGAGCUCUUCACCGACGGCGGAAGCCUGGACCUCUCCUUGGCGCGCAAGUUUUCGCCUGAUCCGACAUUUGCGGGUUCUCGAGCGGCGGCGUUCGCAGAACGGGCCGAGAAAAUAAUGAAACGCCGAAGAGCGAAUGGAGAUCCAAGAGAUCUCUAGCUGUGGUAGAAUGAGUCUUCACAAUGGAUGGAUGCUUGCGAAGAGAGAGAGAGAGAGAGAGGAAGAGAGGAGAGAGAGCUGCUGUGCUUCUCGUCUUGGCUGUUCACAUUUAGCUGUAGUCAUUCGUUCUCUGUUCAAAGUACUGCGAACCUGUUCGCCAAUCGGGCGAUGUUUGUGCUACGACGUGUCUCAUGACCAGAAAUUAUCAGGUAAGUUACACGAUCUCCUGUAAAACCUCGGGGUUCUGCAGCACGCCAGCGAUCACCUCAAACCACUGCACAA